UGAAUUCUAAACAACCGGAUUGACAUUUUAAGUAAAAGAACUUAAAUAGAAAAAUGCCUUUACGAAUGUGUAAUUAUACCUUAGUAGAAAGAUUAAAUUAAAAAGGACUACUACUCUGAGAGCUUGGAGACAUGAUAUUUAAUUAUUAAUCGAACGCGAAUAUGACAAUCGUAAAAAAAUAAAUAAGCACAAAAUCAUUCAUCGUUUUUAACUAGGAUAUCUGUUCGACAAUAAAAUAUAAAACGUGGUAGUCUAGUAACUGGUCACAACUUAAAAAAAAACGCGCAUUCCAGCGUAUUAUAAAAGCUUGACAAAAAUAAUUAUAUAUGGAUUAUGUUAACAUUGUGAGUGGUUUUAACUUCACCAAUGUCCCAUUAGGAGUCAUGACAUGACAGGUAGUAAAGCCCGUGCUUUUACUACCUGACAUUGCGCAGCCAACAAGAAUAUGGGCGACAGUCUACUCUGGGUGCCGCUCUUCUGUUUAAAUCUGUUACUUGGAAAUUCAUAUAAAUUUUUAGAUAGAAGCAUAGAGUGAUUUUAAGAUUUGAGUCUUGUUUGUAUGUUAGUGAUCUUGACCUUAUCGAAAGACGGCUUAUUUCCUUCGUACUUAUAAAAGAACGAUAGCAAAUGGAUAAAUAAGAGGACUUGGAUGUUUUUCCAUGGUGGACACUGUGAACGUAUUUUGUGGACUAGUUGGGUUGCAUACACUGUUACUGAGUUUACAUUCUCAUGUCUGGCCUGGUUUGCAAUUUGUUUCAUAUAUGAGGCUCUUAAAUUUUACCGUGAAUAUUUACUCAUCAAAGCUGCAAAAGCUGCGUCGCAACCUAUGUCUUCAGAACAUAACAGUGGUUCUUGUACACCAUUAGCAGAAAUAAGAAGGAAAAAUUAUUGGCAAAUAAUAACAGAUCCGGCACAUCUGUUACAGACUGUUCUAAACUUCUUUCAAGUCAUUAUAUCAUAUCUGAUAAUGUUGGUUUUCAUGAACUACAAUUAUUGGUUAUGCUUGUCAGUCUUUUUGGGUUUAACAUGUGGUUACUUCUUCUUUGGUUGGAUCAAAAAAGGCGUUGAAAAGGAUUGCUGUCAUUGAAAUAAAAAAGUAAAAUUGUAUUUCAUUAAUUAAGAAUAAUACUAAUUAUCUGUAACUAUUACAUAUGCAAUAGUAAAAAUAUCAAAAUUUAUUUUAUAGUAAUUAGAAAAAAAAAUAAGAUAACAGUUAUUAAUUUUUUUUUCAUAAAUUAUUUAAUCUUCAA